AUGAUUAAAUUAUUUUAAUUUUUUUUUUAUGAUAAUAGCUUAAUAUUUUAAAAAAUAAAUAUUACAAAAUUAAUUAAUUUAAAAAAAGAUGUAGCAUAAGCACAAUAAAUAUAAAUAAUCUUUCUUUCUUUCUUUCUUUUUAUUAAUUAAUUUUUAUUUAUGAUUUUAAUGUUUGUUUGUUUAUUUAUUUUUUAUUUGAUUUUAAUUAAUUUUAUUUAAUUCUUUUAUUAAUUUUUAUUUUUUUAUGAUUUUUAUGAAUUUCUUUUAUUUUUCUUAUUAUUCUUUUUCUUUUUUAUUUUUUUCUUUCUUUUUUAAGAUACUCAAGCUAAGCACGCAUUAUAAAUCUCAAUUAAGCCUCAUCUUGUUCAAAUAUGCUGA